UUCUCGUGAGAAUUCUGGGAUAGUAACGCGUCUGAUCGUUGAUGGUAGCAAUAGCAACAAGGGCGGGAUUGGGAGAGGCGGUACAGGGCGCAUCGUCAUUCCUUCGUGGGAGGGCUGUCAGGAGAUCCUUUACCUGUUUGGGUUUUGGGUUUUUUUGGUGGAUCGUUAGUGGAACGGCGGUUUUCUUCUCUGCAGCGGUGUCGAGUUUGAUUCUGAUGUCUUCAUCUGAAUUUAAAGCUCUGUCACAAGAUGACCUCCGAAAACAAUUAUACCAGACAUUUAAAAACCGAGGCGUUUUGGACACACUUAAGAUGCAACUCCGUAAGCAGCUCAUACAUGAAUUAAUGAAUCCAGUUUUAUGUAGAGAAAUUCUCCCAAAGUCUACUUCUAGUGAAUGCAGUUCAUUGAUCAUUGUUGCAUGUAAUAGUUUGGUGGCAGAUCAUUUGCGGAGAUGUGGCUAUGAAUAUUCACUGUCUAUUUUUUACCCAGAAAGUGGAUUAGAAAAGGAUAAAGAGCUUAGUAUACAAGAUCUGCUCCAGAUAAUUAGGAUCAGUCCAAGAAGUGACCUUUAUAAAAUGCUGAUUUCAGAUUUAACAAAAACCAGCAAGAAAGGCUUUCUUGUACAGAUAUUAACAGAAUUGGUGGAACACAAUUUCUGUAAGGAGACCUGUAAUGCAGAAACUCAGACAAGUUCAGCACUUUACAAAGAAUCUCUUGCUGAGAAACUUCACCUAAUUGAUGAACAGUUUGCAGACAUGUAUCCUCAGCGUCAUUUAUCUGAGUCUUUUCAUGUAAAACUUGCUGAAUAUAAAAGAGAAAUAGAACAGCAGCUGCAAGCAGAAAUGUCACAAAAGUUACAACACUUCAAGGAUGUUGAAAUUGCCAAAAUCAAAAUGGAUGAAAGGGCAAAAUCCCAGAAAGAAAUUUCAGAACUUCGGAAAGAGUUUCAAAGAGAUCAUCAGGCCAAGUCAGAGGCUCUGACUUCUCGAGAAAGAAAUGCUAUUGAGCGACUUCAUAAACAGCAAGAGAUUGAUGCAAAGGAAAUUUACUUGCAAAGACAAACCUUACUAAAAGAUAUUGAAACAGUAAGAAGCCGAGAGGAAGAAUUGAAGAAGAGAAUAGAAGCUUUUGAAAUAGCUCAAAAACUUCAAGAAUCAAAGAAUAAAACUGUUGAAGAUUCACUUCAUCGGCGGGAGAAUAAUGUGAAGAGCAUUGAGGAGACAUAUGAUCAGAAGUUGAAGAAUGAGCUGUUAAAUUAUCAACUUGAAUUAAAAGAAGAAUUCAUAGCCAGGACAAAAAAGUUUGCUGAAAAUGAGAGAGAACAAAAAGAAAAGGCUAUGCUUUUGCAUGAAGAGACUGUUGCGCUUAAUUCAAAAAAGAAAGAAUUCAGUCAAGCUGUUUUGCAUGCAAAAGAACUUGAGCGGGAAAUCGAUUCAGUCAAGGCUCAAGUUUUAUUACUAAGCAAACAGAAUGAAUUGUUGACUGGAAAACUGAAAGAAGUUUCAGAUUAUUCUACACUGAAAGAGGAGAAAAUAGAGUAUCAAGCACAAAAUAAACUACUUGAACAGCAGCUGGAGGAAGCACACAAUGAAAACCUACAGCUCCAAGACAAACUGAGUCGCCUGUCAUCUGACUUUAAGGUCCUUCAGGCAGAAUUAAGAAGAAUGGAACAUGCCAAAAUGCUUGAAUGUGGGGAAUCUGAAACUCACAAACAGGUCUUGGAAAAACAGUUACAAAAGGAGAUGGAACACUGUGUACAGUUAAAGGCUCAGUUGUCAGACUAUGAAAAUAUCAUCAGGAAGUUAAAUGUACAGAUAGAAGAAUUAAAGUUACAAUGGAAGCAAACACAGACAGCACUACAGAAUGAGGUGUAUCGGAAUCCUAAGCCUUCUCUGGUUGAUCGUUCAGUCAUUGACUUGAUUGAUGAUAAGGUUGUUCCACAUGAUAUAUAUAUAGAUCGGGCUUUCUUGAAAACUCAGCCUGAGACCAGUGUUCGAAUGAAUUCAGGUCCUAGUCAUAAUAAUCACAUUGUAAAAUUCAACGCGUCACCAGAUUCUGACUUAGAAUUUGUAGCUACUACAAAAGCUAGGAUAAAAGAACUGGAAAGAGAAGCUGAGUACUUGGAAGAGGCCUACAGGAAUUACCAGCACAAAGUCACUCAAAGAGUAAUUGACUCAACAAAGAUCCCAUCAUCUUCCCAAUCACCAAGUAACUCUAUCCUAGCAUCUCAGCAAAGAAAGAGUUCUAUACAGGAGAAUUCAUUGUCUCAGGAACAUUCCUUUUACUUUCAAAAGAGUAAAAGCUAUACCUGGGCACCAGGAAGUGAGACUCGUUUUAGUGCCACUCCCAAAAAACCUUCCAGGCGUCUCUCUUCUACUCCUACUUCCAAAGCAAGGCGGAACAUCAGUAAAAAUCUGUUUAAUGAAGAUAUCACUGGCUCGUCUCUUGCAGUUCCUCUUGAGAAUGUAAAUCAGCCCCUGUCUCCUAUUUUAAGAAUAGGAGACUGUGCAUCUCUUGAUUCAGCUUGUUCAUCUCCACUUCCUAACAAACAAAAGUUGAGAGAAUUAGAGAAUCAUCAAAAUAUUAGCAACACUGAAAAUCCUGUCAAGUUGUUGGAUGAAGACCAAGGAAACCACAAUCCUAUUAGUGAUUAUCAAGAGGACAUUUCAGAACAAUUCAAAAGUGAUGUGUCACAACCAUCUGGAGACAUAGUUAGUUGGAACCAUGUUCCAAUCCCCAUGCCAGCAACAGGCAUUUCACAGCAGGAGAUAAGUGGAACAGAGAAAACUGUCCUAGAUGGAAGAAAUCAUGAAGAACAAAAGGAGUCAGAAUGGGAAGAAGAAAAGGCCAAAGAAGAAAACACACAAAGUGAGAAGUCUUCAGAAAGAGACCAGGGAGAACCAGAGAAACUGGAUCAGGAAAUAUUGCAACUGUGAGAUGGACGACCAUAUAAAUCAAUUAAAUAUUCCAGAGGCAAAACUGUAGAAUAACUCUUGACAUCUUUGUACAAAAUGGAACAGUAUAAUGAUAGGUUAUUUUUUUAAUGAUUCUGAGAAUUUAUUUUGAUUUUUUAGUGUACAGCUGGAAGAAUAAAUAACAUUGCAGUGUUAGAUUUCUCUGUGUGUCUAUUUAAUAAGUGUUUGUGUUCUUAUAGGAUGAUUACAUUUUGUUUACCUUUAUCACAUUUUUCUUUUAAUAAAGAAUUGCUUAUGGAUAUGUAUCACUUGAUGUACUCUAUGUAAAUAUUUAAAAAAUGAGCUAUGCAAUUUUCCAACCAAAAGCAACAUGCUACCUAUUAUAUUCAAUUUAUCUUGCAUUAAUUUGAGCAGGCUUUGGAGAGAUAGUUGAAGUUAAGAAAAUAGAAUGAUCAGGGUUUUGGUUUUAUAUUUAAUUAUAUUCUUGAUGAUUAAACAUCAGGAUUGUGAUCUUGAAUCAUACUUAGCCCAUUAAGACUCAGUCCAGCCAACACUAUCAAAUAUCCACAUCUCUUAGCCAAAUUAUUUUUCACAGAUGGAAGCAGAAUCAUGGCUACUAUUAUUCUUUCUUCUUUUUUCCUGCUCCCCAUACUACUACUUAAUAGAAUUGGAAAUCCUGCUAAGACAAGAAUACAACUUUUGAAGUUUUCAGGGGUUAUACCAGUUGUCUUUAUGGCUAAUGCUGUUCUGCAGAGAUUUCCAGAGCAGUACUUGCUCUGAUUUUCUUUUCUUUUUUUUACAAUGCAUUACAAAUUGAACAAUAUUAUCAUAGAUUUUUUUGGAAAAUGUAUUUCCUAAUAAGUUAUUCCACCAGUCUGAUUGGUUGGUGAAGCUUUCUUCCCUUAACUUUAGGAUAUUCUAAUCUUGAAUACUCCUUGCCUCAGUCAGAGAAUUGAAUGCUGAUUACCAUAUUUUUUGGAGUAUAAGACGCCAACGAAAGGGUGAAAAUCUGGAUG